AUGAAAGUGUAAUUAAAUUCAUAACCACGAUUAAAUAAGAGAUUAUAGGUUAUGAUUUAAGCUAAAGAAGUAUAUCUAUCUAGUGAUAUACCAUGUCAGAUUAGAGGAUGUGCAUUUUGUACUCAAGAAUCUGAGAUUUAAUUAGAGAAUCCUAUAUUUUUGUUAGAUAAUGAGAUUUUGGAAUAAUAUAUAGAUCUAAUUGAAUAAUCAAAUAUUAAUAAUAUUGUGAUAUUACAAUCAUAAGUGGCUCAUUUUAGAAAAAGAUAGUAAUAAUCAUAGUAUGCAUAAUAAGUAAUAAAUUUGAUUGAAUCAAAUUUUUAAAAGAAAAUUUAUGUUUAUUAGGAUGAAUUUUCAAUACAUACACAAAAUGGUAAUCCAUUAAUAUUAUUGGCUAAAUGGUACAAUGAGCAUAGAUAAUUUUUAAAGGUUGAAUUAGAUUUAUGUUUGUUGACUUAAAAUUACUAGAUGCAUCAAUAGAGUAAGAACUUAAAUAUAAAAUGCUUUACAAUAUAGGAUUAUGUAAAAUUAUAUGAGAAUAAUGAUUUACUUGAUUUUUUGGGAAUGGAUGAGGAAUAUGAAUAAGAUUAAUAAGCUAUCAAUAAUUAAUUCCCUUAUAUAUAAGUAGAAGAAUGUGUUUAGCAAAUAAAAUAAGGAUUAUUAUUUGAGGGAAGAAUAUCAAUAGAUAGAAACAAUAUAAAAUAAGCUAGGAUAUUUGUAAAGCAAUUUUAAUUGGAAAUAAAGAUAAAUUAAUAAAACAGAGUACUACAUGGAGAUAGAGUGGCUGUUGAAUUAUUACCAGAAGAUUAAUGGGAAUAAUAAUAAAAGUAAAUAUAAAUAACAUUUGAUGAAGAGGAUGAAGAUGAUGGUAAUAAUAAUACUCAUACAAAUGAUACAAGUCAUGAAAUAAUGUCUACAAAUCAUUUAUAAAGUUUAUUCAGGAAGGUGUAAGCACAAAAUUUAAUUCCAUAUGGAAAGGUUGUAUGUGUGUUGUAAAGAACAGAGAGACAUUUUUGUGGUCAUGUAGAGAAUAAUAUAUUUGUACCUGCUGAUGGUAGAUAUCCAAAUUUCAUUUUAAAACAUUCAAAAUAUGAUACUCUUUAGGAUAAGAAAAUUCAAGUUUAAUUUGUAGAUUGGCCAAUUUGGAGUGAUAAACCAUUAUGUAAAUUAAAAAAAGUAUUGGGUAAGGCAGGAGAUAUGUAUAUUGAAGGAAAUGUAAUUUUGUUAGAACAUCAAGUAGAAAUAAGAGAAUUUUCACAUUAAGUAUUGGCAUGUUUACCUAUAGAAGGAGUAUGAUUUUAUUAAUAAUAAUAAUAGGAUAAAUAUAAAAUAUCUGAAUAGGAGAUUAAAAGAAGAAUGGAUUUAAGAGAUAUUUUAGUAUGUUCAAUAGAUCCAGUUGGAUGUAAAGAUAUUGAUGAUACAUUACAUUGUAGAAGAUUAGAGAAUAAUUUAUAUGAAGUAGGUGUACAUAUUGCAGAUGUUUCUCAUUUUGUAAGACCAGAUACUGCAAUUGAUAAAGAAGCUGCUCAUAGAUGCACAACUGUAUAUUUAGUAGAUAGAAGAACAGACAUGUUGCCAAAAUUAUUGACUGAAAAUCUAUGUUCAUUAGUUAGUAAUGUUGAUAGAUUGGCAUUUUCAGUAAUUUGGAUAAUGGAUGAUUAAGCAAAUAUAAAAGAUGUUAAAUUUGGUAAGAGUGUUAUAAGAUCUAUUGCUUCAUUACAUUAUUAAUAAGCUUAGGAAAUGAUUGAUAAUCCAAAUGAUAAUAGUUAAUUAACCUAAAGCAUAAGACUCUUGAAUAUGUUAGCUAAGAAAUUAAAAUAACUUAGAUUAGAUUAAGGAGCAUUAUCAUUAGCUAGUAAUUAAGUUAAGUUUUCAUUUGAUGAUGAAACUCAUAAUCCUAGUGAUGUUAGAAUGUAUUAAUUAUAUGACACUAAUUCACUUGUUGAAGAAUUCAUGCUUUUAGCUAAUUGUUCUGUUGCUAGUUAAAUCUUAUAAAGAUUUCCAUCUAUUUCAGUUCUUCGUAGACAUCAAGAACCUAAGAUGAAAUAAUUAAAAGAACUACAAAUAUUAAUGAAUGAUUUAGGUUAAUUAUUUAUAUAUAACAAUAUUUAGGAUAUCAAUUUUCAUAUGAUACCUCAAAAUUACUUAGUGAAUCAUUAAACCAAAUUUAAAGACCAAAUGAUACAUUCUUUAACAAACUUAUUCGUAUGAUUACUACUAGAUGUAUGAAUGAAGUAAUUUGAAUAAUUUAUUUUUAUAGGCUUUAUAUGUAUGUACUGCAGAUGUUGAUUAUCCAGAACUAUAUCAUUAUGGUUUAGCUGCUGAACUCUAUACUCAUUUUACAUCACCAAUUAGAAGAUAUGCUGAUGUACUUGUUCAUAGAUUAUUGGCUGCAUCUAUUGAUUUAGAAUCUCUUCCACCAUCUAUGUCAAAUAAAAUUAGAAUGACAAGAAUUUGUGAUAAAUUAAAUAUGAGACAUAGAAUGGCAAGAUUUGCUAGUAGAGCUUCAUCUGAUUAUCAUACAUAUCUAUUCUUUAAAAAUAGAACUCAACAGAUUGAUUAAGCUAUCAUUACUGGUAUUUUGGCAGAUAAAGUAACUGUCAUGAUCCCUAGAUAUGGAUUGGAAGGAACUAUUGAAGCUCAAAUUAUAGAUAGAAUGAACAUUAUAAUAUAAGGUAUUCGUCACAGAAUUUUUGAUUACAUUUAAGUUGAAGUUUCAGUUGAAUUACAUAGUUUCCAUAAAAAAAUACAUAUGAAAUAUAUGAAAAAUAAUAAAUGA